AUGAAUAUAUCUGAGCUACAGGGUCAAGAAAAGCUCAGCCAAGUCACGCGGCUGUUAAAGGCUCUCCGGAGAGAUCUAAAUGAGAGGCGGCUUGAACGUGCCAAGCGCAUUGAAUAUCUUCAGAAACUUCGGGUGCAUGGUCGCAAACCCGAAAAUGCGACUCCUAUUUUCCAAAAGGAGGGAAUCCAUGUCCUUUCAUCAUACGGCUUUGGCGAAAAAGACCCAGAAAUAGCCCGUGAAGCACUGCGUUGCCUUGCAAAUGCUCUGCUACUUGAGCAGAACACCCGCCAAAUGUUCGUGGAUCUAGGAAAUGCGCCCAAGGCGGCAGAGUUAUAUAAAGAAGAAAAUUCGGAUGAUGAGUUUUUAGCAGCUCGGCUUCUAUUCCUGACAACUUAUGAUUCCAAUCUGAACUACAACACUCUUUUUGACAACAAUGCGUUAGGUGAAAGCAUAAACAAUCACAUAACCCGGCAUUCGAAACAAUUUUCCAAGGGACGAAAGAAGAAAUGGACAGAAAUCGAUGAGCUAGGACUUUCAGAAACCCUCAAACUAAUAUUCAACAUAACAAGUUUUUAUCCAGCCAGGGGUGACGGGCUCUCUACGUCAAUUCCCCAUAUAUUGAAGAUUCUAAGCCGUAUCGAUAUACGCUCUCCGCCGCUCCAGGCUCCUGUGAAUUACCUGAUUAAUUCACUGCUUAAUCUUGACUUGGAAGCAAAGAAAACAAAAAACUUCAACGCAAACCCCCUAUUUCCGAAGUUUGAUCAAAAUUGCAAUGUGGAUAAGCUGAUCAAUAUCCUCGACCAAGCUGUUGCUAUGCACAAGCCGUCUCAGCUAGAAUCACUAGCAGUGCCACUCCUUACUCUCCUACGAAAGAUCUAUGAAGUCGCGCCCGAAGGUCCGCGGAAAUACAUGGAAUGGCUCCUUCUUCCCGAAGACAGUGAUAGGGACCAGCCAAUUGGGCAGAGCAAUACGCUCUCUUCAAAGCUCCUCCGACUCUCUACUUCGCCCGUUGCACCAAGCCUCAGAGAGGGAAUUUCGUGCUUGAUGUUCGAACUGUCCGGAAGCAAUGCCAAUGACUUUGUGCGAAAUGUGGGAUAUGGGUUUGCUGCUGGGUUUCUCAUGUCUCAUAAUCUCCCAAUCCCCGAAAGCGCAAAGGAAGCUUUUUGCACCAAAUCUACAAGGCCGGGAGAACAAGGCGCGACCAUCAACCCGAUUACCGGCCAGAGGUUCGAUGCUGAGCCUCAGGAUACUGGUGAGCCCAUGACUAUAGAGGAGAAAGAAAGGGAAGCAGAGCGUUUAUUUGUUCUCUUUGAAAGGCUUCGUGCUACAGGUGUAGUCAAUGUCGAGAACCCGGUGAAAACGGCGCUUGACGAGGGUCGAUUUGAGGAAUUAGACGAUUAA